CUAUACGAUUAGUAUACGCUGUACGAUAAGUGAACGCUAUACGAUAAACGUUACACGAUUAGUCAAGUGGGGAAAUUGUGAAGACUCGCCUGCGAUAGAACGUUACGGUGUUGGGCAGUCGCGUGUUGCACCGCACAACACCUUCGCAGUGACGAUAGACUACCUUCGCAGCGACGAUGGACUGGUGAGAGGGCUCUGUCGAGGUGCGAGGUACAUUCUCGGGAAUGGAGAAGGCAUACACACACCUUCACACACCUUCACACACCACACCUUCACACACCACACAGCUUCACACACCUUCGUAUGAGCUCACAUAUCCGCUAUGCAAAGUACUGUAGGAGAAUAGGAGAAGAGGAUGGCCAUCCUCGGACAGGAGGUCCUAAAGCCCUAAAGUCCGAAUCUGAAAGUGCAGGCCACACAGUGCAUUUGGCUAUUGGAGCUACACAUCAAACAAGAGCCUUAGACUAUAAACAGCCCAAGACGACUGAAGAUGCACUAAGAAGUCAAGCACCUGCACUGCACCCGCUUGUGUCUUCGAGUGAAGCAGAACGCACAGCAUGCGCCAGUCUCGCUGAGCAUACUACUAAAACCCUAAACCCUACGACCUAGGUGUGUGUAAACGAAGACAUAGGUGUAUGUACAAUGGUAGGACCAAGCAACCGGUUCAUCUAUCCCAAAGGUAGAGCAUUGAAUGGACAUAGCACUGAG